AUUUCGAAGUUUCGCGCCAAACCAGGGAAGCAAAGUGUAAACAGUCCCACACAGCAGAAGUUAGCUAGCUCGCUAAAAACUUGGCGGAUAUCUACUUUUGAACUACUGUGAGUUUUUAAUGGAAACACAUUCGUACUUUCCCGUGCCUCCCGGAGUGGGGAUGGAAGAGAAUUUCUUAUCUCUUGAUGACAUUUUGCUUUCUCACGAGAGGCUACCUAGUCGGACAGAAUGCACAUUUCCCCGACUUGGAUUCCUGGAGAAGUCGAGUGACUCACGAGACAUUCAAGAGGGUACGAAGAUGGAGAUGCCCCUGUUCCUGGCAAAGGGUUUGUAUGAGAGGAAGAGGCGUGUUGUCUCAGUGGAGCUGCCUAAGGUCUACAAAGAGGGCUGGAGGACUGUGUUCAACGCAGACCCCACUGUAGUAGACCUGCACAAGAUGGGACCCUAUUACUAUGGCCUCGGCUCCCAGUUGCUGCACUUUGACAGCCCUGAGAAUCCGGAGAUUGCCCAAGCAGUACUUCAGACAUUCAUUGGUCGUUUCCGCCGGACCAUGGAUUCCUCACAGAAUGCCUACAACGAAGACACGUCAGCCCUGGUGGAGCGCUUGGAUUACCUGGAGAGGGCACUGUUCAGGGCAGGGCAGAGCGGCCUCAACAGCUUCCAGAACUGGGAGAGGGGCCGCGCAUCAACCAUCACUGCCUCUAGCCUGGUGCUCAACUACCGCAAGAGGAAGAUCACUGAUCUGCAGCCCUGAGGGGCAUCUCCAAAAAUGCAUCCCAAAUGGCACCAUAUUCCCUAUAUAGUGCACUACUUGGGCCCUGGUCAAAAGUAGUGCACUGUAAAGGGAAUAUGGUGCCAUUUGGAACUCAAAGCAACAUGCCAGAAUAGAAAUGACUGAGUUGGAAGGAGAGUAGUGGAGGUGUGUGUGUCAUAAAAGAUUAACUGAUUCCCACAUGAAACUUAGUUUUGUUUUUAUGUUAUGGUGUAAUCAUUGUGUAAUCAUUGUGUGUUCUAUUUUGAGAUGUUUAUACACCAAUGUUUUUCAGACUUUGUAAAUAUUUUUUUAAUUAUCUGCUUUAUGUAAUGUGGGUUUGAAUUUUAAUAAAAUGAAUGCUACCUUAGUCUUUAAA